GCCUUGGCAACGGGCUGCGGCGGCGCUCCAUCGCUGACAGGCAAUCCGGAGCGCCUCCCCUCGCCGACGAGCGCGCCGGAGGACGAGGAGAAGCGGCUCGCGGGGAGUGUCCCGCCCGCCUCUCCUCCCUCUUUCGGCCGCCUCCUCUUCCCUUUUCUCCCUGGCGGAGCUGGGUGGGCUCCUCUUUCCGAGGAGCCUGGCUGGGCACGGCUGCUGAGUGCUCCGCUGACUGCUGCGGUGUCGUGGAGGAGCGCGGAGCGCGCCAGGAGCCGGUUUCGCUCUUCGCUUAGAUCUCUAGGAGACUUUGGAGAAUUCCUGAAGAGAUUACCGAACCAGAUUCAAGACAAACACAUUUCCAGGUUUGCUGGGAUGGGUAAUCUUCUUAAAGUCCUUACCAGGGAAAUUGAAAACUACCCACAUUUUUUCCUGGAUUUUGAAAAUGCUCAGCCUACAGAUGGAGAGAGGGAAGUAUGGAACCAAGUCAAUGCUGUCUUACAGGAUUCGGAGAGCAUGCUUUCAGACCUGCAGUCCUACAAAGGAGCUGGACAGGAAAUUAGAGAUGCAAUACAAAACCCCAAUGAUAUCCAACUUCAGGAGAGAGCCUGGAACUCUGUGUGUCCUCUGGUUGUGAGGCUGAAGCGGUUCUAUGAGUUUUCUCUCCGGCUAGAGAAAGCGCUGCAGAGUUUACUGGAAUCCUUGACCUGCCCUCCCUAUGCACCAACUCAGCACUUAGAGCGAGAGCAAGCCCUAGCAAAGCAGUUCGCAGAGAUCCUGCAUUUCACUCUCCGCUUUGACGAACUCAAGAUGAGAAACCCUGCAAUACAGAACGACUUCAGCUAUUAUAGGAGGACGUUGAAUCGCAAUAGAAUAAACAAUAUGCACCUCGGCAUUGAGAGCGAAGUGAACAACGAGAUGGCUAACAGAAUGUCCCUGUUUUAUGCAGAAGCUACACCAGUGCUGAAAACACUGAGCAAUGCCACAACACAGUUUGUUGCAGAAAACAAAACCCUGCCAAUUGAGAACACGACAGAUUGUCUAAGUACAAUGGCCAGCGUAUGCAAAGUCAUGCUGGAAACGCCAGAAUACAGAAGUAGGUUCACCAGUGAAGAAACCCUUAUGUUCUGCAUGAGAGUGAUGGUUGGCGUCAUCAUUCUCUACGACCACGUCCACCCCGUGGGAGCGUUCUCCAAAGCCUCAAAGAUUGAUAUGAAAGGCUGCAUAAAGGUUUUAAGGGAAGAGCCAGCAGACACAGUUGAAGGCCUUUUGAAUGCUCUCAGGUUCACCACGAAACAUCUGAAUGACGAGUCUACUUCGAAACAAGUUCGAGCUAUGCUUCAGUAGCACCCUCCUUUUGACAAAUGGACUUUUGUAUUUAGAAAAAAAAGAUGUUUGUUUACAUAAUUUAAUAGUGUGUGGUAUUAAUACAUCUGCCUACUUUACAUAACAUAAUGGCUGGUUUUAUUCUCCUUGAUGCACUCCGUGGACUUGUAUCGAUAACCUGACCGACUGACUCCGUAUGGUACAGCGUCCAGUUUAUAUGCUAGUCUUACCACUUGGCAGUUUAAAGAGGUACCUUAAUUUGAAUAUAUAAAUGACAAAAAAGGGGUCUAUGUGCCUUGCUUUCUAUGUGUUUAUUGGUUGGCUUUUGUCUGUGGAUAUAUGCAGUAAUUCUGUAUUGUCGUCUUCGAACCGUUCCACACAUGGAAACAUGCCAGUGAAGAUCUCGCUGUGGAAGCUUCUAGAACAGGGCUGAGGAACCUGUGGCUCGGCGAAUGCUGCUGGACUCCAGCUCCCAGAAUCCUCUGCCACCAUGGCCAAUGGCCAAGGAUUCUGGGAGGCUCUUCUGCUCUCCCUUCAAAGUAGGUCUUCAUAGCAAUUGACUGCAGGCACUGUGGAGUGGUCAACACGUUCCAACCAUUGACACUUUCCUCUUGCAGAGAAAGACUCCAGACAGAGUUUUCACUGGGUUUGCACUGAAAUCUGUGCAUGCACGUUUAAUUUUAAAUAUUUUUUUUAAGCUGUUUUAAAAUUUACGUAGCGUUGCGUCUGCAGUGUGCCUUUGGGCAGAUAGUUGGACUGUAAAUUAUCAAUAUAAAAAAUACAUGGUGCCGUUUGGGUGUACUUUAUCUCAGCUUAUUGAAUCAGGAUGUCGGCGUGCUCUGGCCUCUUCGCUCCCACCUCCUUGGCAUGCCAGAGUUCACGACGCAUGGAUUUUUAGCUUCCCGUUACAUCGAAACCAGGACCAGAACAAGCUAGCAUCUUAAACCGACUUCACACAAGAAGCAAGAAGGGUCAUUACGAACAUGGGACUGCUCGGGCACAAAGCUUGUGCUUUCCUUGGUUUAAAAACCUGAGAUGUACACUGGAAUCAGGACCAAUGAGAGACAGGCAAUGCUGUUGUAUAUAUAUCUUUGCCUAGUUUUAUAUGCUCUGUAUCAUACCGAUGGCACUGAGAGUGGCUUUGUUGUGUUUAGGGUUCCCUGCUUUUCUCUUAGGGAUUUGCUCCGCUGCUCAGAGAAUCAUGCAUGUGAUGGGGGGAUGCCACUCACUUUUAACAAUGCAACACACCAAUGUUGUGGUUUGCAUUUGUGUCCUUUCCCCCUCCCCACCCCACAAAUAUGCACAGGUUAAGGGUUUGCUCAUCUGGGAUAUAACCCCCAGUGGAAGAGAUUGGCUAGGUGCUAUUAUUUUGGACACUGUUUCUUGGAUUUAUCUUGCAUGAAUGUUACAUUAUUUCAGGCUCACUUUGAGCUACUUGAAUGAGUCCAGCUCAGUAAUCUCUUUGUUAUCGUUUUGUACAUUUUGAAUGCUGCACAGCCGCCCUUACAGUUCAGUUUGAGCCAUGUGGAAAGUUUCUGAAAAUAAAUGCAAAAUAAAUAAUAAGCAGCUUUCUGUUUUCUCCGCUACUACAUUUGGAUUUGACAGGUAAAGUCCCCCUUAUAUUUAUGGCGUAAAUUUAUGGCUGGCCGAGAAAGGGAACUGGAUGGUUGCAGAACCACAUAGGAAGCUUGCAAUGAACUGGUUCUCCAUGUAAUUUGCAGGAUGUACUGACCACAUCCAGUGCUUUUUUUCUGGGGGUACACAGGGAUACGCUUACCCCUAAACAUUUUGUGAAUCUUUGUGCUUUGGUCCAUUUACUGUAUUUAUUUUCCCCGAUUUGAACUAUCUUUUCUUGAGUCAAAAUGAGAGUACUAAACAUUUUUUUAGAAAAAUAAGCAUUGACCACAUCAGUAGAGGUCUUUUUUGUCAUAGCCUGAACUGCUGUGGUUAAAUCCUUGGCAUAAAGCUCAUAGUCAGCAAAAAGCUAAUUCAGGGGGAAAUAUUGUUCACUUGAAUUCCUUUCCUGGCAGAAACUGUGUCACAGGGAUAACAUAAUACGAAUUUGACAUUCAAACAUAUUAUUAAACAAACAAGGAAGGCCUUUUCCUGCCAUUGUAUGUAUAUGCCUAACAAACAGGGGAUCACCAUUCACACAUGCCAACUCUCUGCAUGAUGGGGGAAACUGACUGGAAGGAAAUACUCCCAGAUUGCACAUGUGAAAAGCCAUACUCUACAAAUCCCAAAGUUGUAUACAGUUUAGAAAGCAGUUGGAAGCGGGGUCUGGUUGCUAAUAAUUCCGGAUCUUUGGGGAAUGUUUCAUAUUACCUAUUUAUAAUGACAUGAGAACCUACUUACUACAGACAAAAUACAGUUUUUCUUACACUUGGAAAUGAGGGACAGCUUAUGUAAGCAAACUCAUCACACAGCAUUGUCUUUCUUGGGGUUUGCACAUUGUUGUGUGCUGUUUUGCCGCAUUGAAGUGGAAGGUGCGUAGACAUUAAUAGAGGGGAAGAAAGCAAGGAUUCCACUUUAAGCAGAGAGCCCAGUUGCUUACACAAAUGCCACCGAAUUCCUUUUACGGCUGUUAGCCACUGUGUGAAGCCUGAGAGUUUACGUUAUUUUUUCUUGGCUGUCCAGAGUUCCCCCAAUGUGACACUUCCAAGAAACAAAGAUUCUUCACUGUGAGCUGCUUUUGUUUUAUUUCCCACUGGAGUCCCAACUCAAGGAAUACCGAAAACCUUUUGCCAGUUCCUCUUCUGACUGCGUCUUUUGAGUGAUCUGCAGCAGCUGUGAGGUGGUUAGCUUAUAAGAUUUCAAAAAUAACAUCCCUUGCUUGUGUAUAUGGAAUAUGGUAUUCAUAUAUUUAGACCUUGUGCCGCAACGAGUUUUCGUUUGAUUGUUUUGUAUUUUAUUUGUCUGAAUUAGACAAGGUUUGUGCAUGCUGGCUAGAGUGUGUAUGGGUUUAGGGAAAUUUUUGGCCCAGAAUGGUUCAGAAAGUCUUCUGGGAUAAUAACUUGCUUCCUACAAAUCCAGAAACUAAAUCUUCUGGAGUUGUUACACUGAAGUUGGUUUGACCACAUUAAGUUAUUUGGGAUCCAGCUUUUUUAGGUGCUUAGGGGCAAGAAUAGCUUUCUAUUUUUAUAUCUUUGAUAGGAUUUAGCACUAUGCAGCUUGAAUCUGAAGCUUGUUUUAAAUAAUAAUUACUGUCAGUACUUGAUGCUGUAGGGUGCAGGUAAUGUUUGGGUGCAGAACUCAAAAGUCUUGGCUGCUCUUCAGACCCAUUGAUCAAACCUCUAAUGUUUUGGAACCAAUUCUCUUGAUUGAUUUUAUAUGUGAGAGUAGACUAAUAAUAAUAAUAAUAAUAGGUGCAUACACAAACAGACAGACAAACAGAAAUUGCGGCACAUUGCUCCCCUGUAGGGCAAAUUCCUGCCUCAUUCAAAGGCAACUGUUGCACCACUCAGUGAACUGGAAACUCAAGUCACCAAAUCUCUUGCCCCUUUGCCUAUAUUUUAGGCAGACCAUCCAACUUUCUAUUUUUAAAGUACUGCAUGUAUGCUUUUAAAGUAAAUGUGCAUUUGUCUCUCUU